AAAAGCAGACUAUUGCUUUAGCUUCAUCCUCAAGAUUUUUUUAACUAUAUGGAAAUAAUUUCACUAUCUGGAUGUAAUCUUUACUCAAGUCUCGCCUCUGCUGAGUCACCAAUGACAGGAUGGUUAAGGAUUUGUUGGACCUACAAGGUCGCAAAACCAGAGCAUGCAGUCUUCACCAAGAACUUGGUCACAACAGUACGUCUUCUAGAAAGGUACUUUCUUUGGAGUCUGAUGUGCUGCCUGAAUACAAACUCCAGGUGCCAGAGACAACAUGGUGGAUCUUGCUUCACUACAGCCCCUUCAAGGCAUUUUGGGACUGGAUUAUUCUCCUCCUGGUCCUCUACACAGCUGUUUUCACUCCUUACUCAGCGGCCUUCCUCUUGGAUGAACACGGGGACAUACGUCAAAGGAGCUGUGGCUACACAUGUAACCCUCUGAAUGUGGCGGACCUUAUGGUGGAUGUGCUGUUUAUUGUGGACAUAGUCAUCAACCUUCGCACCACUUACGUGGACCAAAAUGACGAGGUGGUCACACAGCCAAGCCGGAUAGCCAAGCACUAUAUCAAAGGCUGGUUCCCGAUUGAUCUGUUUGCAGCAAUCCCUUUCGACCUUCUCAUUUUCAGAUCUGGCUCUGAUGAGAUGGCAACCUUAACAAGCUUACUGAAAACAGCUCGGCUGCUGCGAUUGGUCCGCGUGGCAAGAAAGCUGGACCGGUAUUCUGAAUAUGGGGCUGCUGUCCUCUUCUUGCUUAUGUGCACCUUUGUGCUCAUCGCCCAUUGGCUGGCCUGCAUUUGGUACGCUAUUGGAUUUGUGGAGAGGCCAUACACAGAGACUGGCUGGCUGGAUAACCUGGCUGAACAACUAGGCAAGUCAUACAACGACAGCGACUCCUCCUCUGGUCCGUCAGUCAAAGACAAGUAUGUCACUGCUCUGUACUUCACCUUAAGCAGUUUGACAAGUGUGGGCUUUGGAAAUGUCUCUCCAAACACCAACUCUGAGAAGAUCUUCUCCAUCUGUGUCAUGGUCAUUGGCUCUCUCAUGUAUGCCAGCAUAUUUGGGAAUGUGUCUGCCAUCAUCCAGCGGCUGUAUUCUGGUACAACACGCUAUCACACCCAGAUGCUGCGAGUCAAAGAGUUCAUCCGAUUCCACCAAAUCCCAGGUGGCCUGCGCCAAAGGCUGGAGGAGUACUUCCAACAUGCCUGGUCCUACACAAAUGGCAUUGACAUGAAUGCUGUGUUGAAGGGAUUCCCAGAGUCAUUCCAGGCAGACAUCUGUUUGCACUUGAACCGAUCCCUGCUACAGAACUGUAAGGCUUUCCGAGGAGGCAGUCAAGCCUGUCUGCGUGCUUUGGCGGUGAGGUUUAAAACAGUCCAUGCCCCUCCGGGAGAUAGUCUAAUCCACUACGGAGACAUCUUGGACUCUCUCUUCUUCAUCUCUCGUGGAUCCAUCCAGGUCAUCAGGGAUGAUGUGGUGGUUGCCAUAUUAGAAAAGAAUGACAUCUUUGGCGAGCAUAUCCACCUGUAUGAUGAGCCAGGGAAAUCCAAUUCAGAUGUACACACCAUCACCUACUGUGACCUGCACCGCAUUCUGAGGGAUGACCUGCUGGAGGUCCUAGAUAUUUACCCCACCUUUGCAGACAAUUUCUGGAGGAACCUGGAGAUAACAUUUGACCUUAGAGAUGCUGAUCAAGUGCCAAUAAUAACAACUGAUGACUCUGGUGACGACUGUGGAUAUCGCCACAAGCCUAGACACAGAACCCUGGACUGCCGAAUCAGGCCAGAUGGAAUGGAUCACGAAGACUCAUACCCGCUUCAGUCCUUCCGGCAUCGUCACUCACCUCCCCAGACCCAUUGGGAUGACCGCUGUAGCUGUGGUUCCCCAUGCUCACAGUCUAGUGAGGACCAGCCUCUUGCGCAUGGUGCCAAAGUAGAGCUUUACCCUCCAGAAGAUGCCAGACGAGAAUACUCCAACUCUGUUGUGCAGCUGCUACCCCCGAGUGGCACCUCAGUGGGGAGGGAAGCAGUGUUGGACAGGGGCCACCAAGCUUCUUCUUUGAAUGUGCCGGGAAUGUAUCGCUACUGGCCAGACCGACAGUCACAACAGUUUUCCAGUCGCACCUGGCGAUCCUCUUCUGUCCGCAACUCAUACCACCCACCACCAUUCACAGAAGAGAGGCCCAGUGAUCUAGAAUCUCGACUUGAGAUUUUACAUUCACAGCUCAACAGACUGGAGACUCGAAUGACAGCCGACAUCAAUGUUAUUCUCCAGCUUCUACAAAGGCAGAUUGCUCCUGUUCCUCCAGCUUACAGCACAGUAUCAUCUAGUACCCUCCCUGCAGACUCACCUGGCUUGUAUGGUACUGGGACAGCAGUCCUGCACUCUAUGUAUCCUAUUUCCCCCAUACAGAUGGACAGCCGCGCACCCACACAGAGCUCUACCCAGACCGACCUUAAAUUCACCAAGAAGUCCCAGGAGUCGCUGUCCAGUGGUAUCCAUGUGACUGUGGCAUCAGACGACACCAUGUUCAUGACCAUCACACCUGAAACUGAAACCCACACAGGGUUGACCCCACAGCUGCCCCAGGCAUCAGUCAAAUCCUCCCUCAUGGAGAACCCCGGUCUGUGCGGCAGCCUCCGCUACCCCUCACUGCCAGGGAACCUGGACAUCACCUCAGGACUGGCUGAGAUCCAGAAACACCUCUCAGAUCCUGUGCUGCCUGUCAUCUGAUGGCCACCGUAAAGGAGUUUCACACCAAUCAGUAUGACUUUAUAAGUAGUCACUCUCUGCUGCUUAUAGACUUUUGGAAGGAGCCAAGUGACUAGUCCAGCUCUUUGUCUCCAAAGAUUCAGCUAUCAGUACAUAUUUUGGACAGCUAGUAAUCUCCUCUUAAAGAUAUAAUAUGUAACUUUUCCGCAUUAAAAUGUCUAAAAACGA